GUGCGCUAGUGGCCCCAGCUCUACACGUUCGCCGAAUGCUUCGGGUGCAGAGUCUUCAUGAACUAGCAUCUCCACUAUCUGCAAGAUGGCACAAGCCAGCUAACACGGGACACGGCGAAGCCUGGUGGCAGAAUCUUAUCUGGCUGUCGUACGUUCGGUGUUCACAUGAGAAUAGCUCAGCUGGCUCUCUGCUUUCCCGCGGUCGCGAGGUAUGCUGCUGGAGUUUAUAUGAGUCAUCCCUUUUCCUUGACCCCCUUGUGUCUACAAACUGUGAGCGUACGACCUGCGACCAGCUGCACCAUGCCUCUUGCCCCCGUCGAUGCUCAGGGGACACAGUACUACUACGAGGACACAGGAUCUCCGCCUGGGUCUACCGACUAUACGACCCUCGUUCUGAUACACGGGGCACUGGUUCAUGGCGACUCUGUUUCCAAUUCCUCUCAACACAACAUCCGGCUCGUCACGUUGAACAUGAGGGACUAUCCCGGCUCGACACCAUAUACCGAUGCCGAGCUAACUGCGAUGCGAGGCCCGGACAGAGACGGUCAGCGGACGCAGCUUCAUAGACGAGGGUUCGAGAUCGCCGCCUUCGUCGCGUGGUUCAUACGCAAUGAGAAUAUUCCGCCGUUCACAUUGAAUGGAAACGAUAUUCGCGGAGGUAUCUCCGUGCUGGGUUGGUCCUGGGGAAACACCAUGUCGUUGUCCUUCAUCGCACGCGCUAGCGAGCUUCCGAAGGAGGAUCAGGAGUUCCUAGAGGCUUACAUGCGAGCGCUCGUGAUCUACGAACCUGCACCACACUCGAGCAUCAGCGCUGUUUCUUACUUCGACGAAGCACACAAUCCCCUCCGCGACCAGACAUUGACGCCAGAGCAACAAGCUACCGCGUUUCCGUUGUGGGUCUCCGGAUACUACGCGCAUUCGCGUGUCCUACUGGACUCCUUCGCGUCUCUCACUCGUGAAGAAGUAGACCUAGGGCUGGCGAUGGAACGCGUCGAGAACCCGCGUCCGCAUCAGAUCCCCACCCUGCAGCGGCUGACUGCGGAAGAGAUAGCCGCGACAUCGGCGAACCACGUCUGGGCGCGCUCGCAAGUUCUUUACCAGCCAGACUUCAUUGAUUUGGAGCUCUUCAGGGAGAAUACGCGCGCGGCAUUGCAGGAUCGGUCUGUAUGGCCGCGCCUACGAGUCUGCCUUGUGUGGGGAGAUAUGACCAUUGGUGAAGUCAUUCACACGUCCUGGGACAUCGCACGGAGAAGGAGGAUUCAUGUCGUGCGAUUGGAAGGGGGCAACCACUUCCCGCAUGUUGACUUGCCCGAGCAGACUAUGCGUGUUCUAGCUGAGAACAUCUAAGUAUUUGAAGACAUCAGCACUCCAUGCCGAAUGACGAAUGAUUUGGUAUGCAUCGGUGUGAACUGUCUGACGGCUUAUCAUCACCAGUAUGCUCGGGGGAUCAAAUGACACUGCAAGUCGGAACCUCGUUUGACUUUCUGCAUGGUGCUUCAUAGCGUUUCGCGACGGUAACAUAUGGAUUAGAGCGACGAACCUUUACAGGUAUCACGUACAGUCAGGUACUACAGCAUGGCACGAGCGAAACCUAUCAACAGCCUGUGGACAAGGUACACUGGGAAUUUAUCUCGAGAGCUCAGAAAGCUAAGUACGUCUUUCAUACAGUCAAAGAAG